GUUAAAUCAUAUUAAAUGUGGAAGACAAACUGUGACAACAUGACUGAAUGACCAGUUUAAGUUACGUUACGAAGUGUGCGUGUAACUACGCGCGGUCUGUUAAAAAAACAGUUGUAUGACGUGAUAGUAUGUCCCGAAGCUUGCGUAUUCUUCUACUACAUACACAAAAGCGUGUACUUUAUCUUCACCAAAAGAGUACAUACUUUAAGGGGCAUAGUAUGUAGGCAAAUUGGAGCGCAGCAGACUUUCAAAUAAGAUGAGAGAUUCAAUAAAAGGGACCAGUCGCAGAUCUUCGAAGUUAUCAAUUCACGUGACACUAUCACAAAGAUGGCAUUUAUUAAAGAGGAGAGUGAAGACAUGAAGAUUGAAGCAUUCAUAGUGAAACAAGAAGAUGAAGAGGAACAAACAGAUCUCAUUGUGUUGAAAAAGGAGAGUGAAGAACUGAAUGAAAUGGAAGAGAGAGAUGAAUAUGAGAAUCAUGAUGAUUUCAUACCUGGAGAAAAAACCUUUAGCUGCUCACAGACUGAACCUUUAGCUGCUUCACGAAAAAGGGCUCAAAACACUGGAACUGAAAGUUGCUUCACCUGCCAACAGUGUGAACUGUCUUUCAGUCAACACAAAAAGCUUAAAGCCCACAUGAGAAAUCACACAGAAGAAAAGCACCGUACCUGCCAACAGUGUGGAAAGCGGUUCGCUUAUAAAGUAAGUCUGAAAAGGCACAUGAGAAUUCACACUGGAGAAAAGCCUUAUAUGUGCCCUCAGUGUGGAAGGAGUUUCACUCAACCUGGAAACCUUAAAGUCCACAUGAGCGUUCACACUGGACAGAAGCCUUUCACAUGCCAACAGUGCGGAAAGAGUUUCAACCGAAAAGGGAACCUCAACUGCCACAUGAGAGUUCACACUGGAGAGAGCCUUUUCACCUGCCAACAAUGUGGAACAAGUUUCACUCAGAAAACAACCUUUAACAGGCACAUUAAGAUUCACAGUAGAGAGAAGCCUUACACCUGCCAACAGUGUGGGAAAAGUUUUGAUCAACAUGAAAACUUUCAAGCCCACCUGAGACUUCACUCUGGAGAGAAACCCUACACAUGCCCUCAAUGUGGAAAGAGUUUCAUUCAAAAAGGACACUUUAAAGACCACAUGAGAAUUCAUUUUGGGGAGAGACGCUACAUAUGCCCUCAGUGUGAUAAGAGUUUUAAUCAAAAGAGACACCUUGAAGAGCACAUAAGAAUUCAUACAGGAGAGAAACCUUUCACCUGCGAACAAUGCGGGAAAAGUUUCAACCGAAAAGGAAUCCUUAACAGGCACAUGAGAGUUCACACUGACGAGAAGCCGUUUAAAUGUGGUCACUGUGGAAUGAGUUUUAAAUAUAAAGUAGGCCUUAAGUACCACAUGAGUAUUCACAUCUGAGAGAACUGUUCAUAUAUGUCAUCAGUUUGGAAGUAGUUUCUCUGACAGGAAACCUUGUUUGUUUGUGAGACUGUAUAAUUUGCUGUUACAGUCAUAAAUCAACUCAGAGGGUCGAAUUCUCAAUGUCCAGUGACUAGGCAAUGUAUUGAUUAGUCAAAUGAAGAAUAAACAAGUUACAAUUUCACAGACUCGCAAGUCUCUCUGAACUUACUAGACU